AUGAAGUUGACGUCUCUGCUGCUGGGCUGCUCGUCGGCCCUGCUGGCCGCCGCGUGCGGCAACCACGGCGACGACAAGGAGUGGACCAAGGCUGAGCUGGAUGAGUUGGAAGCGAAAUGGGGUUUCGAGGUAAGAUUCACGGGCAUCGGCUCUUUCGCUCAUCUCAAGCAUGUAAAGUGCCUGACGACGCCGUCCGAGUUGUACGAUAUCGCCAUCAUCGGCGCGCCGUUUGAUACGGCUGUUAGUUAUAGGCCAGGCGCCCGCUUCGGCCCCCGCGCCAUCCGCCAGGCCUCGAGCAGACAGACGUCCUUCCGCGGCUUCAACCCGCGCGCGAGCAUCAACCCGUACGCCAACUGGGCCACGAUCCUCGACUGCGGUGACAUACCCGUCACGCCCAUGGACAACGUCGUCGCCGUGGAGCAGAUGUCGGCCGCCUUCAAGGAGCUCGGGCAGCGGAGGCCCGUGUCGAGCUCGCUGAGCAGGCCGAAGCUCAUCACCCUCGGCGGCGACCACAGUCUCGCGCUUCCCGCGCUGAGGGCGCUGAGGGAGGCGUACGGGGCGCCGUUGAGAGUGUUGCAUUUUGAUGCUCACUUGGACACCUGGCACCCGGCAAAGUACCCCUCCUACUGGACCGCAACGCAAUUCAACCACGGCUCCAUGUUCUGGAUGGCCGGCAACGAAGGCCUCCUCUCCAACGCCUCGAGCCAGCCCUCGGUCCACGCAGGCCUUCGCACCCGCCUCUCCGGCACCGACUUUGCCGACCACGAAGACGACACGGCGCAGAACUGGGUACGCAUCGCCGCCGACGACAUUGACGAGAUUGGCACGGCGGGCAUCGUUAAGUCCAUCAUGGAGACGCUGGGCACCGAGGACCCGGUGUACCUGUCCAUCGACAUUGACGUGCUGGACCCGGCGUUCGCGCCCGGGACGGGCACGCCUGAGCCCGGUGGCUGGACGACGCGCGAGCUGAUUCGGAUUCUGAGAGGGAUCGAGGGGUUGAACCUUGUUGGUGCUGAUGUUGUGGAGGUGAGCCCUGCGUAUCAGAAUGCUGGGGAGGAGACUGCGUUGGCGGCGGCGCAGGUUGUGUAUGAGGUUCUGAGCUCGAUGGUGAAGAAGGGUCUUGAGGGGAUGGGGAAGGAGGGUAAGGCUGCCGCUGCUGUUGUUGAUGAGAAGGAUGAGUUGUAA